CGCCCCGCAGACGAUCUUUGCAGCUAGCAGCGCCUCUCCGUGUCAACACCAGGAGAUGAGCGGCGUAACCAGCGGUCGUUAGCAGCUGCUGAAAGCCGACGGACGUGCGUGUUUCGCGGGGAGCGGAGCUAAGAACCAGCUGGUCUGCAUCCAGGAGUGACAGCAGCCCCUGAAGUGUGUGUGUGUGUGUGUGUGACAUGCACAUGGAGUGACCAGCCCCACUCAUGGAAACCCAGAGGAAGAGCUCUGGGGAUGAUGAGGGAGGAGAGCGAGGCCUGCUCCACACCUGGAAGGGCUACUCCUGCAGCGUCACCCCAGACAGGCUGCUUCUACCUCGGCCCGUCCUUCAGGUCGCCCUGGGCAUACGACACGGAGUUCUGUUGGUGGAAGGAGGACAGGUGUACAGUUUUGGGGAGCUGCCAUGGAAGCAGAGUCAUGUCCCCGGAGGACCCACCCAGGAAUGUGCUCUCAGCGGGCAGCGUGUGGUCGCCAUUGCAGCUGGCAGUUUCCACAGCGGGGCGGUGACGGAGGAUGGCGGCGUCCACAUGUGGGGGGACAAUGGGGCAGGACAGUGUGGCCUGUCGGGCCUCAGUGCCGUCCCCAACCCGACUCCGGUGGCUCUGGUGGACUCGAACUCCAGUCCCCCGCAGACGGUGCCUGUGCUGGAGCUGGCCUGUGGGGAACAGCACACCCUGGCGCUGACGGUCCAGCGGGAGGUGUGGGCAUGGGGCAGCGGUUGCCAGCUGGGCCUCAAUGCUGCCACCUUUCCCGUGUGUAAGCCCCAAAAGGUUGAACACUUAGCAGGGAGGUAUGUACUUCAGGUGGCCUGCGGGGCUUUACACAGCCUGGCUCUGGUGCGCUGCCUGGGAUCCCAGGACGUCCAACGGCCCCCCGUGGACAAAUGCAGACAUUGUAACCAGCUGCUGUUCACCAUGACGGACAAAGAGGACCACGUCAUCAUCUCUGACGGUCACUACUGCCCCCUUGGCGCAGAGCAAACUAAGGAUGAGAGGAAGCUGGAGACGCCUGGCGCAGCCCACGGACUCAAAACAUCUCCAUCUGAGCCCGUGCUCUCCUCUCAUACAUCCACCUCAAAUUCUGAUUCCCCAGCACCUCAGACAAGUGCGGACCCCUCCUCUGACUCUGCCCCCGUCCAGGACCUGGACAAAGAGGAAACAACCUUGGCUAACGGAGUGCUGCCUUGCUCAGACUCUGACCCCAGUGCUCAGUCAGAAGGCGGCGCUGUAUCAGUGGUCAAGAGUUCACUCUAUCCAGACGAGCAGGCGGUCAAAGACUACCUGAAGAAACUGACAGACAGCACGCAGACAGAAGUGAAGACAGGAGGACUGCACAGUCUGCUUCCUUCAGCCACACUCAACAACCUAGUGGCCUCUUGCGCCUCUGCUGUGGGCGAGCGGGUCGCCUCCACCUACGAGGCCUUGUCCCUCAAAAAGAUGAUGAACUACCUGCCCUCUGGGGUGUCUCGGUCCGGCGGGCCCACUGGGCUUACCGGUACCGUCCCAGGAGUAGGCGACAACACCACAGAGCGUGUCCGCCAGGAGGACUCCAUGCAGGGCAAGAAGAGCUCCAGCACGGGAGACAUCCGCGAGGAGGAGGCAGAGAGUGUGCGGCGCCGCCUCUCGCUCCCGGGACUCCUCUCACAGGGUAGAUACGCAGUUCACCUCUUAUCAUCCUCCUAUGCCCUGCUGCUGUCCCCGCGGCUGCUGAGGAAAGCCAUUCGCCCCAGGAUGCGCGCCGUCGCCCUCACCCCGCUGGGAGCUGCGGUCCCCGAGGCCCCGGACGUGCUGCCCACCCUGCAGACAGAAGUGUGGAGCUGGGGCCACGGCGAGCACGGACAGCUGGGACACGGGGACAACCAGGCCAGAUUACAGCCACUGUGCAUCAAGAGUCUGAACAGUAAGGAGGUGGUGCGGGUGGCGGCAGGCGCUGGUCAUUCCCUCGCUCUGACCGCUCAGUCUCAGGUAUUUUCAUGGGGAAACAACAGCGCUGGUCAGCUUGGACACAUGGAGUCACCCAGCACCGUCCCGCGUCUCGCAAAGCUGUCGGAGGGCAUCCGGGUGUGGGAUGUGAGCGCAGGGGAUACACACACCCUCCUCCUGGCAGACGGCGACUGCAUCCAGCCCAUCAUUUAUUACAGCGGACAGCAGGUGAAAGAGGCGGAGGAGGAGAGUGAGGCCAAGGAGCCAGGUCAUCAGGAAGAAGGAGAGGAGGAGCAGGAGCGGAAGGGGGGCUACACCCCGCAGCCUGUACUGCUGCCUUUCUGCAUGCAUCUGGGUUAUGUCAGCAGUGUGUUUGCUGGGGGCAAACGAUGCGUGGCGCUCUCGGACCGAAACGUGAUGGGCUUCAUCGCCAGCCUCCACGAGCUGGCCGCAGCCGAGAGGAAGUUCUACUGCAAGCUGUGCAGCAUCAAGACACAGAUAAUACGCCCCCUGUUGGAGCUGGAAUCCCUGAGCUCCGCCCUUGGCCAGGUGACCUUCGGCCUCCUGCAGAUUCUUGCAGGUCAGUUCAGCCUCCUGUGUCACGUGACCGGGCAGCACGCCGCAAGCCUCACGGCCAACCUGCGGCGUGGACGUGAUGUCAAAAGUCUGCUCAUCCUCGACCAUGCCAGCAUCUUCCUCGACUCCUAUAAUGAGUACUCCAGCACCCUGGGCAGCUUCCAGGUGAUGGGAGGUGUUCAGGCCCUGACCAAGCCCUCGCUAGAUUUCUUUGGGAAGAGUCCUGGGCUGCUCCAGCGGCUGUCGGAGUGCAGCGAGGAGAACCCCCCCGUGGCAGACCUCCUGUCGGCGCUCUUCUACCUCCCGACUAACCACCUUCGCGAAUACGGCCGGCUGCUGCUCAAACUGGCCACCUGCUUCGAAGUGUGCUCCAAUGACUACCAGAAGCUGCAGGACAGCUGCUCCAAGUUUGAAGUGUUGGCCCUCCAGCUGAAGAGAAGAAGGAAAGACGCCGAGUACACGUUUCACUUCUGGAAGAGCUUCCCUGGCAAAAUGACGGUAAACUCACUCAGAGACUCUCUGAGGAAGCCUCACCGUCGGCUGAUCUGCGAGAGCAGCAACAAGGCUCUGACCCUGCAGAACGCCGGGAGGUUCUCCGUCAACUGGUUCAUCCUUUUCAACGACGCUGUGGUCCACGCACAGUUCUCUACCCAUCAUGUCUUCCCUCUGGCCACGCUGUGGGUGGAGCCCAUCCCAGAGGAGAACACUGGCACAUACGGUUUGAAGGUGAUCACACCAGAGGAGACGUUCACCCUGCUGGCCUCCUCUGCCAUGGAGAAGGCCAAGUGGCUUCGCUCCAUCAACCAGACGGUGGACCAGGCGCUGAGCGGAGCCAUGUACGACACGGCAUCAGUCAGCCCGGGGUCGGGGCCAAAGCUGGAGCCUCCUAUCUCCAGGACGGCAUCCUACACUUUUUAUAAGGAUGGGCGUCUGAAAGAGGCCACAUACGAAGGCCGCUGGCUCGCUGGCAAACCCAACGGCAGGGGAGUGUUAAAAUGGCCUGAUGGGCGAAUAUACACAGGGGAGUUCAAGAACGGCCUGGAAGAUGGGUUUGGGGAAUUUGUCGCUCCCUUUAAAACGCUCAACAAGAACGAUCAGUAUCAAGGUCACUGGAAAGAUGGGAAGAUGCACGGCCUCGGGACGUACAAGUAUGCCAGUGGUGAGGUUUACGAUGGAUCCUUCCAGGAUGGGAUGCGACACGGCCAUGGCAUGCUGCGCAGCGGCAAACUCAACACGUCCUCUCCCAGCGUCUUCAUAGGCCAGUGGCUGCAGGACAAGAAGACCGGCUACGGAGUCUUUGACGAUAUCACAAAGGGAGAGAAGUACAUGGGCAUGUGGCAGGACCACCUGCGGCAGGGCACCGGGGUGGUCGUCACCCAGUUUGGCCUGUACUACGAAGGAACCUUCAAAGAUAAUAAAAUGAUGGGCGCUGGGAUCCUUCUUUCAGAGGACGACACAACGUAUGAGGGUGAAUUCUCUGACGACUGGACCCUGAACGGGAAGGGUGUGCUGACCAUGGCGAACGGUGACUACCUGGAGGGCUCCUUUGGUGGUGAAUGGGGCUCCAGCCUCAAGGUGACGGGCUCCUACUUCAAACCACACCUAUUCGACACCGACAAAGAAAAGACUCAUGUUGUGAAGCUCGGCCGUCUGUGUGUGUGCUCGGAGGACAAGUGGCAGGCGGCGUUUGUGGAGUGCUGGAGUCAGCUGGGCUGCGAGAUGCCGGGGCAAGGAGAAAACGGGAAGGCGUGGGAGAAUAUCGCCGUGGCCCUCACCACCAACCGGUGGCAGCUCCAGGACAGGCCGGAGAUUCUCUCUCGGAGCCACAGUCGAACCCUGGAGAGUCUGGAGCUCAUCCCGCAGCAUGAAGGACCCAUCACUAUGGACAGAUAUCACACCAUCCGCCUCUACCUCAUCAAGGCGUGCGACACCCCACUCCACCCACUGGGACGGCUGGUGGAGACCCUGGUGGCGGUCUACAGGAUGACCUACGUGGGCGUGGGCGCUAACCGGCGACUCCUGCCUCAGGCUGUCAAUGAAAUCCAGUCUUACCUCAACCGCAUCUUCCAGAUUGUCAGGUUUCUGUUCCCAGACCUGCCAGAGGAGGGCGGCCAGAUUCCAGAGCCGAGCACCAACCUCCAGGACAAGAAGGAGCCGGGCUCCACUGAUGCCCCACUGCAGUCCCCCAAACCUGUCCGUGUGGUGAGCUGCUCGGCUCUGCUGCUUCCCGUCCUACUGCCUCGUCUCUACCCGCCACUCUUCACCCUCUACGCUCUCGACAAAGAGAAGGAAGACGGCGUCUACUGGGAUUGCGUCCUGCGCCUCAACAAGCAGGCUGACCUCGCCCUCCUUGCCUUCCUGGGCGUCCAGCAAAAGUUCUGGCCUGUUUCCAUUUCUGUCUCCCUGCCUGCACUGGGGGAGAAGCAGCAGGUACAUUUUGAUUGUUCCACAACAAAAAGCCAGGUUCUCUCCAGCACCAAAGACGCCUGCUUUGCUUCUGCAGUGGAAACUCUGCAGCAGAUUAGCACGACGUUCACCCCGUCUGACAAGCUGCAGGUGAUCCAGCUCACCUUCGAGGAGAUCACGCAGGAGGUCCAGUCACUGCUGAAGCAAGACUUCCUGUGGUCCAUGGACGACCUCUUCCCCGUCUUCCUCUACGUUGUGCUGCGAGCUCGUAUCAGGAACCUGGGGUCAGAGGUCAGCCUGAUCGAAGACCUGAUGGACCCCAGCGUCCAGCACGGAGAGCAUGGAAUCAUGUUCACCACGCUCAAGGCGUGUUACUACCAGAUCCAGCAUGAGAAGAUCACUUAGCGUGCCGUUACUCCCUCUGUGAUCCGCACGCUGCUGCCCCACCCCCCCGCUGCUGCCCCACCCCCCCUGCUUCGACACACACUGAGGCGAUCGCAGGGCCAGGACCAACCGGGCUUUGGAUUUGAUGGAUUUGUGCAGCGGCCAAUGGGAGGCGGAGGAUCAUACGAACUGGUUGCAGGCAGGCUCCAUCUGCUGCUGUCAUGGAGACGGGGGAGACUGUCUCUGACACACACGCAUACAAACACACUGCGGAGGUGUUCACCCUCUCAAUGACCUUUACCAGCCUCUUAUAUACGGAUCGUGAAGUUACACACGUGACCAGUGCCACUUUGUACCGUCCAGUGUGAAAUGAUGAGGCUCACAUCUGAAAGACUGUGGGAGACCCUGACGUGGGUGCUGUUGGAUACUACAUCGUGAAUAGCUUUUUCACUGGUUCAUUUUUUUUUAGUUAGUGCUAAUGAGACUGCUUUUUUUUUCUGCAUCCUGUGAAAAACCGGACCUCAUUUUCUACCUUCUCCCACAUUUUCGGCUUGAAAAUCAACUUUUUAUGGCAGAUUUAUUGCUGAAACUUUGUUUUCCUGACUCAUUUCAAUCCCUCUCUGGACUCUUUUAUGAAGAAAUGGGACGGGACAAAAAGAAGAGCACGAUCUCCCUAAAGCAUGUGACUUUCUGAAUGUGACCUGAAUGUUGUUUUUUAAUUUAAUCCGAACCAACAGUAUUCUUACAGCUCGUUCAGCGCAGUGUUUUUUUACCACUGCAGGGGAGCGUCUGCUCCUUUAGUGUUAUUGGGGAAGUUAACCAGACGUGCAUUUGCAAAACAAACCAGUUAGGAGUUUUAGAAGAGAGAAGACUGACGGGUUCGUUUUGAGAAUGUGGUUCUUGUUAACCUUCCCACCUUCCAUUGAGGGGCGACACGCCGUCGCUUCCUUGGGCUUUUUUCAACUGACACUCUGUAGAGCCGUCUAUCAUGGAUUGGACUGGACAGCACGCCACGUUUGAUACUGUACAUGUACAGUUGGUGAAUAUACACCGACUUGACUUUAAAUGACUCAUGAAUACGGUUCAGAGCAGUUGGCAGCCGAGCAGCUACUCCAACUUCCGAUUCCAAUUAGUACGUGGGAGAAGAGCGCUGGCGGUUUUCUAUGCGCCUGAUCAUCCCAGUGACUUGAUUCUGUGGAUGCAGCUGCAGCACAAGCUUCAGCUGGAUUUAUUCACUUGAAGGCACACUUGAACUUUUAUGGUUUGUUUCCUACUGCAAAACCAGCUUAAGAGCUACAUCUAAAUACAGUGAAAAGAAAUGUUCUCUGACAGACAAUCUGAACACCUCUAGUGUUGGUUUCUGAGCCCAGAUCUCAGUAUGAUAAUAAUAACUAAUCUUUACGGUCUUUUUACAUAUCGUUCCUGCUGUGUAAAAAUCCAACUGCUCCAAAUCCAGAUCAUCCUGAAUUCUCCAGAUAAACUUAAAGGAUUGAACGUUCCUUUGCAUACAAAAUGUUGCAGAAAUUCUCCAUCUAAAAGAUAAAUAGUCUAUUUAAAUACCCAGCGGCUUUUCUGAAAAACCCCAUAUAGCGUGCCAAGUUUUGGAGAAGCAUGUUUUACAGAACAGUGACGACAUAUGUCCGCGUGCUGUGAACGGCAAUCAUCAGUGCAAAUCUUUUUAUUUCAUAAAGAUCAGCUCUUUCCCUACUGACCAUAAGUAUGAAUUAGGUUUUGGAUAAAGCUUUGGAUCAGAAAACUGAAAAUAGCCCCAAGAGUUCUUGAUCUUUGAAAUAAUGAAUACAAACGUUUAUCUUUUCCUGAUGCAAGUGAAGCGUCUACAGAGAGGCGGGCAGUGGGCAUAAUGCAAACACUGUUAUUUUAGAUUCAAAGCCGGUUCUCUGCCCUUGUUUCUGUUAAUACUGAUUGUUCUUUUUUAAAAACCAUACACAGCACUAACUGUCAGACAUUGUUGCUUAUUUGCGUCACACAUGCCAGUUUAUAAAGAGGGCUUAAGAGAGGAUUCAGAGGAUGAUCGAGCCCUUUUUUUUUAAUGUCAUGGCUUUUGUUUUCUCAGACGGUUUAACAAUAGAAAAGCCUCUGGCCCACAUUUUGUGGGAAUUUUGGUGAAGCUGCAGGAUUUUUUUGGAAGGAAGUUAGUGCCAAAUGGGUCGGAUUCAAAUCUAGAAUUUUAAUUGUGCUCCUGUGCACUAUUAAAUCGAAACUGAUAUGAGGAUGAUGGAUUUGGUGUGGUCAAACAUCACAAUAAGUCCUCCAGGCACUUUGUAAUGUAAGAAUUUCAAGAGCUAUCAUCCAAAGUAAACAUCUCAGAGCAGAACCAUUUAAAAUCAGGCCUCUCUCAUUCUUUUGUGACUGAAAAACAACCGUGACAACAUUCUUCUGUCAUCGAUUAUAACCUCCUGUCACUCUCGGGACCGUACGUGCCUGACUCUCAAAUCAGUGAAGCAAUAUUGUCGCUGUAACGGAGAAAAUCUCCCCCCCUAAAUAAACUAUGGAUGCACUUUAGUUAAAACAUUUUAAUUGAAAAGUUGCUGCUGCCAUUUAAAAGGAAGGACACACAACUGACGACCCAUUCAGAUCGUGAUAUUUAUUUUAACCACUGUACCGUGACUGACUCUGACAUGAAGCGCUACUGUAUGUUGUCAAUGUAAACUGAAGAUAAUUGUUCAUAAGCGCGAUUCAAACCCUGUGACAACUGACCGCUUGAUGCACUGACCUCAACCGCAACAGUUCACUAUGGAAAUACGAGUUUUGUGUAAAAGUAACUGUAAAGAGUUUGCUGUUAUUGUUUGUUUCAGCUGGCUGACAUGACGCCGAACCUGUGUGUCUUUUACAUGACGUCACGUGUGUUGUACCUUUUUAAAUGACAACGAAGGGCAAUAAACGUAUUUAAUGGACA